AGGAAAAGUUCUUCCUGGCCUAGGCUCCGGGCCGCGCUCAUCUGCCAACCCUCCAAUCCCGCCUGCCGGUGUCCGGCGCCUCCCCACCCCUCCCCCGGCUCCCCCAGUGUCCGCCAUGGCCAAAGCCUACGACCACCUCUUCAAGUUGCUGCUGAUCGGGGACUCGGGGGUGGGCAAGACUUGUCUGAUCAUUCGCUUUGCAGAGGACAACUUCAACAGCACUUACAUCUCCACCAUCGGAAUUGAUUUCAAGAUCCGCACUGUGGAUAUAGAGGGGAAAAAGAUCAAACUGCAAGUCUGGGACACUGCUGGCCAAGAGCGAUUCAAGACGAUAACUACCGCCUAUUACCGCGGAGCCAUGGGCAUUAUCCUAGUAUAUGACAUCACAGACGAGAAAUCCUUCGAAAAUAUUCAGAACUGGAUGAAGAGCAUCAAAGAGAAUGCCUCGGCUGGGGUGGAGCGCCUCUUGCUGGGGAACAAGUGUGACAUGGAGGCCAAAAGGAAGGUACAGAAGGAGCAGGCUGAUAAGUUGGCUCGGGAACAUGGAAUCCGGUUUUUUGAGACAAGUGCCAAAUCCAGUAUGAAUGUGGAUGAGGCCUUUAGUUCCCUGGCCCGGGACAUCUUGCUCAAGUCAGGAGGCCGGAGAUCGGGAAACAGCAACAAGCUCCCCAGCACUGAGUUGAAAACUUGUGACAAGAAGAACACCAGCAAGUGCUCCCUGGUCUGAGGACUUCUUUCUGCCUCCCUAUCCAUGGAGGUUAAACCUGAGGGAGGCAGGGCUGAGGGCCUGGGCAGGUAGUCUUGGAGAGAUAAAGAUGGACACAUGAUGGAAGAACGGGGAGAAAAUAGAGAAGAAAAAGGGAAGGCACGGAAAGGAGGUAUAAGAGAGGAAAGGAGAGGCAAGAAGGGCAAGAACUGAGGAAGUGAAAGAAGGUGAGAGGGAGGUAGGAAGAGAGGGAGGAAAAGGGGGAAGAGAUGGCCCUGGACCUCAGGCCUUCCCUGGGUUUCCAGGACAAGCAAAAUGUAAAUAAAUAAUUGACUUAUUCUGUUACUGGAUCAAGUUUUAGGGUCCUGUGAGAGGCUGGCUCAGCACCACCCUCUGAAUGUGUGGUCCUGUACUGUUACUCUGCAUGGUCUUUCCUGGUAUUAAAGACCACCAUUUGCACAACUGUCCCUGGUUUGGGUAAUUUUCAUCAUUGUUAGAAUUGCUCUCUACUCAAAAACCUAACUCCUGCCUGAGGCAAUUGGCCUGCCUGAAUUGAAAUGGAUUCCUCUGACACCAAGACUAGUUCUGCAAGUAUCCCUUCCCCUCUGUUUGAGGAGGAAAACAGCAAGGAGCAGAGGUGGGGCAACCUGAGGGUCUGGACAUUAUGGGGCUUCAAAGACCUUCCUAGGCAAAGCCUUCUCACAAGAGGAGGAGGACUGAGAGGAGGAGGACUCAUUCUUGGGCUUCCCCAGGGGACUGACUGACCUAGCCUUAAGGAAAUAAAGCGCAGGUGUUGUUUAUCUAGUGAUUUCUACAAGCUUCUUUGAUUCUGCCAGCAAUUCCUUUAGGUGGGCAUUGUUAUCUGCUUUUAUAUAUCAGGAAAAUGGGACACAAAAGAGGUUCAUGUAUUCAUAAAUAUAUAUUGAGCACCUACUAUAUGCCAUGCAAAAUGAUAAGUUAACAAAUCUUGUAAGUAGUACAAGUAGUACUUACAAGAAGGACAUCAAAUUUUUUAUAAAACAGCUCCUAGCUGAGCUUCCCUGGUUGCGCAAGGGGUUAAGCACUGCACUAUGAAGCAAUCCGCAGCCUCUGUAGCACGAGUUCGAUCCCCGGCCAGCCAGAGAGCAACCCACAUGGCAAAGCAGACCUCUCCUGACUUGCCCGCUGCUCAGUCUGCCUGUUCUGCUCCCUACUGUCUCUGGUGAAUUCUCUCACCCCAACCCGCACCUCUGGCCUAUACCCCAGUUCUUGUAUGCAUAAAUAAAUAAGCCUUUUUUUAAAAAAAAAAGAAAUUAUAUUCAUGGGGGCUUCCCUGAUGGUGCAGGGGUAAAAGUCUUGGCACUAUCAAGCUGUGGCCAGCCACUGCAGUGAGUUCCAUCCUGGGCUAGAGAGCUGACCCACAUGGCGCAGCAGACGUCUGUCUCGCCUGCUCCCCUCAGCGGUGUAUUUCAGUAGGCCACCUUUUCUUUUCUCCACUCUCUCUGGUGAAUCCUCUUACUCUCCCGCACCUCUGGCCUAUGCCCCAGUUCUUGUAUGCAUAAAUAAAUAAAAAUAAAUCCUUAAAAAAAGAAAGUGUAUUCAUGGACAUCAAGUCCAAGACAUUUAAGGAGUCCUCAAGUCUGCAGUGUGAAGGUGGAUGGCACAUUCUUGGAGUCAGCAGUAAAAUCUUUUUCGUGCUACUUCUGGGUAAAAAGAUAAACACGGGGGAAAAGUCUGUGUGCUGAGAGAACUUGCAAAAUAAUUUGAUAAAUGUAUAAAGUAUGAAAGCUUCCAGAGGGCAAUGAUCCUUAUCUCUGACUUAUAUUUGAGCUUCAUAGUCAACUGCCCAGUUGGUUUAAUUUGUUCAAGAGACAAGGGAUGACUUGCGUUUUGUGAAUCCCAGGAAAAAAGACUGACUGACAGCAGCAUAUU